AUGGAUCUAGAAGACGACUUUGACCCUUCGCUUCCCAGUUUGUCCUCCGUGCUAGGAAAGCUCAAGGUCGAGCCACUCUAUUUUGCCAACACGGACGUCAAAAAGUACUUUGUUGAAUCCAAUUUUGAAAACUGUGAGGAAUGGCUGAAGAAGCCAGAGGUACCAUCAUCCGAAGAGAUCAUGGGUAUUUAUGACUCUGCCGAUGACGAUGAUUGCAUCGCAUUGGAAACAAACAGAGUCGAUGGCCCCUGGCAGUCGAAAGACGCGUAUCUUAGAGCUCACUACGAGCUUCUGAGAGAAGAUGCCAUUGGUCCUCUCAGGGACGCUGUGGCAUACGUCAGGGAAGACCCGAAGAUGAUGGAUUCCAAAGUUGUGUCUGUUUACGACAAGGUUUACUUCACCGGUAUUACAUUCGCACAAAGAGGUCUCGGCCUUCGGAUCCAAUUUUCUACCAGUCGAGCCGGAAAGAGUAUCGCGUGGGAGUACACCAAGCGUCUCGUCACUGGCUCUAUCGUCGCCCUGAGUCCGGCAGACGAUGGGUUCCGCGAAAAAUGCGUGGUUGCAACCGUUGCUGCCAGGCCUCUCGAGGGCGUCCGGCAGCAUCCCUCAGAAAUUGACAUCUUUCUUGCUAGGCCAGAGGAUAUCGAUCUUGACCCUCACAAAGAGUGGAUUAUGGUAGAAGCCAAGGACGGUUACUACGAAUCUGUGAGACAUACUUUGACAGCACUUCAGAAGCUGAAGCAGGAAAAAUUCCCUCUUUCGGAGCAUAUUUGCUUGCUUGACCCCAGCAUCAAAGCCCCAGAUUACGUCAAGGAGGACCCAAUGGUUGACAUACAGUCCGCAGUCGAUGGCUCUAGCGAGGGAGAGACACUCGACAUUCUCAAAGACUGGCCUCUAGCACCAAGUCAAAUCAUGGACAGUACACAAUGGAGAGCCUUGAAGAAGAUGCUCACAAAACGGCUAUCCGUUAUCCAGGGACCUCCGGGCACUGGCAAGACGUAUGUGUCAGUUAUUGCCUUGAAAAUUCUGCUCGCAAACAUGAAAGACGGUGAUCCGCCUAUUAUCGUUGCCUCCCAGACGAACCAUGCAUUGGACCAGCUUCUAAGGCACGUCGCCACCUUCGAGAUGGACUAUGUCCGAAUUGGCUCGCGGAGCAGCGACCCAGACAUAAAAAGGCGCACUCUCUAUUUUAUCAGACAAAACUCGCCUACGAUAACAGUCCACGGGAGCAUUUUAGGCGGAGCCAAGAAAGAUCACAAGAGCUUGACCCAGGCUAUUAUCAACCUUCUGCAACCUCUCAUGGCUGGGAACUCCGACAAAACCUUUCCUGCUUCGCUUUUUGCCGAGUAUGGGUUGCUGACAGAGACGCAACUUGACUAUUUAACGAAAGGAGCAAAAGGCUGGGUUCGCCCCGGUGACGUUGAAAGUACUGACCCUCUGGUAGCCUGGCUGGGAGAUGAGGUGGCACCUUUCGAAGUCAAGUACAUGACGGAGAACUUUGGGUUUGCAGAAGAUGAGGUGGAUCUAGAGUAUGAACAGCUGAAAGAAUUGGAGGCCGAACAAGGUCUCGAGGAGGAUGACUAUGAGACCCUGAAAGGACAUUUCGCCGCUAUUCGAGAGGGUUUCUGCAGCCACAACUUUUCCUGCUCCGAGGCGUCUGCAUUGGCACAUCUCAAACAACCGGACUUGUGGAAGAUCAAAGCGGAAGCGCGCGGGGCCGUUUACGACGUUCUUCGGAAGCAGCUAAAGUUGAAGAUAAGGGAGCAACUUCUUCCGCUGGUAUCUUGCUAUUCAAAGAACUGCGAGAAUCUCCAGAUAGGUAAAUGGGAACGGGAUUAUCACAUCCUCCAAACUGCCAAAGUAAUUGGCAUGACCGCCACAGGUUUGAGCAAGUAUCGGGGACUGAUCUCGAGUCUCAACCCGAAGAUUGUUCUUAUCGAAGAGGCAGCCGAGGUUAUUGAAGCUCCAAUAUCCGCGGCUUGUUUUAACUCUCUUCAGCAUAUGAUACUCGUGGGAGAUCACCGGCAGCUCAAAGGGCGCUGCACUGUCCCAGAGCUUGAAGGUGAACCCUACAAUCUCGGGGUUUCGAUGUUUGAACGGCUGGUUAAUAAUGGAAUCAAAUAUGUGACACUGAAGAGACAGAGAAGAAUGGUUCCAGAGAUCCGGCAGCUUCUGGAGCCUAUAUACGGCGAGCUGCAGGAUCAUGAGUCAGUAUGCAAGCGCCCUGGGGUGAUGGGCAUGGGGGCUGUCCGCUCUUACUUUUUCACCCACAACUGGCCAGAGAGCAAGGACAGUCUCGCGUCCAAGUCCAACGCAAUGGAGGCACAGAUGGUCGCAGGGUUCUUCGUUUACUUGAUGCAGAACGGGAACGCUCUAAAGGAUAUUACGAUACUGACAUUCUACAACGGUCAGAGGAAGAAGAUACUCUCCUUGUUGAGGCAACAUCCCUAUCUCCAGGGUCAAUACGUGAAGGUUGUGACCGUGGACUCGUACCAGGGCGAGGAAAAUGAGAUUGUCAUCCUUUCACUGGUUCGGAGCGGCACAAAGAACAUCGGAUUUCUCUCCAUUGAGAACAGAGUCUGUGUUGCACUGUCGCGUGCCAGGCGUGGAUUUUAUAUGUUUGGAAAUGCCAUGUCCUUGUCAAAUGACAGCGACCUCUGGCGAAGGGUUCUAACCAUUAUGAUUAACAACAAACCGCAACCGCGCUUGGGAGCCCAGCUGCCAGUCACAUGCCCUUCAGACUGGAGCAAGUUGAACGGAGGAUGUGAUCUACCCUGCGACGAAAUGUUGGACUGCGGUCAUCCCUGUCCUAUCAAAUGCCAUAGCUUUACGCACGGGCAAGUACGAUGCAAUAAGACUUGCGGUGCCCGGAUGGCAUGCAAGCAUGUCUGCAAUGUACCUUGCGCCAAAACCCAUAUCUGCUCGUGCACAUGUGGGCUAGGCCCACACUUUGAUUACGAGUCUCAAUCAUCCACUGCCCCAUCGAAAAAGGUCAGGCCCCAACCCGAAGCGAUCCAACGCUACCAAGAGUAUGCAAAUGGAGGCGCAAAGAAGCAAGACGCGCUGUUGCUUGAGAAGGCUACCCUGAUGAACGUGCAAGUCCCGUGCACACCAGAAAAGCCCAAGUCGGGUGAUCUGCUCCUCGACUUUCGGCCAGAAGAGAAGGGGGCGAGCUCCAGUCCUAAAGUAGACAGUAUGGGAGCCCGUGUGCCGCAAGGGAAUCUACUGGAGGUUUGA